AUGCCUUCGGAACGCCUUCUGUAUCGGGCGAAGAUGCAGGAUCCGGCAUCCGGACUUCCAAUCUACGUGUUUGACACAACCUUUUUACCCGUGAGACUGAUUGAGGCUGGAAGUUCAGAUAUUAGCAUCAGAAACUUUGCUGCCAAACUGUGGGAACAUAUUCCAACAGACACACCUUUCUGCUUAGUAUUCUUUACCACGGUAUUUAGCAAGUACGAUCUUUCUUCUCAGGAUCGGCUCCGUCUGCCAUUCAAUCUCAUAAAGAUAUUUCAGGUGCUAACUGCCGAAAAAAGACAAAUGCUUUCAAAGGUGUACAUGGUGCACGGAAACUGGCUCGUAAAGUCAUUUGUCGAACUUUUCAGGCCCCUAUGGGGUACGAGUCACGUGAUUGUGCAUUGCAAGAACUUGAAACAGCUUUCAGAGAACAUGGAUAUUACUGCAAUGCCAAUUUCACUCCUGACAUACGUUGUGGAUCGGGCAGUGUACAAAAAUAGGGCUCUUUCACCCAGAAUGAUGAGGAAGAUGCCAAUUUUGUACGGAACACCACUUAUUGUAGCAAAUGGGUUUGCAUUCAGACAGUUUUCUCGCAUUUAUAAUAACCUCAUGGCUUAUUUGAAGACCCCAAAGUUGAACUUCAAGCUUUCAAGGGAUGAAUGGCAGAUGGUGAUGCGAUUCAACUAUCUUGAUGAUGAGACCAGACUCACAAUCUCGAUUUUGAGCGGGUGCAUAAAACGGAACCAGUGCGUUUUUAUGUCGGACUUUUCGUUUCUUGAGCAUUACAUCAUCCUGAUGAAAUUCAUAUACAAGUUGAGCGAGUCCUAUGAGCCCAUCCUUCCCCUUUCGGCGGUUAUAAACACAAGCUGCGACUGGGACAAUGCUGAGGAACUCAAUGCGGUUUUCAACAAUUUAUUAGUGUAUCAACAUGGGUCAACAGAUACUGAAAGCACUGAUAUGGAUGCUAGCAAUCCUCCCCUAUAUGACAACUCAUACAUCUUGAUCAAGUUGUUCAAAUUCUUCCACACGCUUCUGGAAAAGUUAAACGAUGAGGUUGACGUGUUUGAAGACUACAAGGAGUUUCCAGAAAACGUGAAACGAAGACAGAUUCUGCGACUUAUUCUUGCAUUCACGAAAGUGUUGUACGAUGAUGAUCCAGACCUUGAAGAUGCAGAUGGAUCUGGCUUUGAUGCACUUUUCAAGUUUGUAUAUGCUGUAAUGAGGCACUACACUCGGCUUAGAGUAUUUGGGACCUCUGCAACACUGGAAGAGUUUAACAACUACAUUACUAUUGAGGACUCGAUUGGUUUUGGAAGGUUCAAAGAUCGGGUUCUUGCAGCUUUGGAGAAGCGUGAUGAUCGGAGUAUUAGAUCUGAUGGAACAAUAGAGGAGAAAAGAGAAGAAAGUAGGGUUGUGGAUGAUAAUGAAGGAAACAAAGUGCAUAAUAAUAAAGGAAACAGAGUGCAUAAUAAUGAAGAAAACAAAGUGCGUAAUAAUAAAGGAGGAGUACCAGAAUACAACAAUGAAGAUGAAAGGGGAAUUAAGGAGGGUACUGAAAUAAGAACUGAUGCAAGAGAUAAAGCAGAAAAUGAAGAAGAAGUGAAAGCAAAUGCUGUGGUGGAUAGGAAAGCAGAUAGAGCAGAUACCAAUGAAGAAGAUGGGAGAGAAGAAGGGGUUGGUGAUAGUGAGCAGGAGAAAACGGAAAUAAAGAAAGAACUACAAAAAGACCAAACACAAAUUAAGAGAAAUGAUAAAACAGAGACUGACGAAGAGAACAAGAAAGUGGCCACACCGAAUCACACAACCAAAGAUAUUGAAAUACCUACAGACUCUGAAAAUUCUAAGGACAAAGCACUAGGCACCAUCCAAGACACGGAAAUACAUACAGACUCUGAAUUUUCCACCAAAAACAACCCAUCGGAGAUAUCUCUGGAAACAUCUUCCAAGACAUCAUUUGAAACAAAUUCCGAACUUGCUACAACGAUAUCUUCAGAAUCAACAUCAGAGACACUUGAGCAAAACUUGUGUGGCGAUUUCCGAUCGCUGCUCAAAACAAGAACAAAGCCGGCAGAGAAAGAAAAACCAACGAAGAUAAAGGAGAAAAGACGCAGGUGGACAAAUGAGCUGGUAAAGCCGUCAGAUCAGCUCACAUCACGGCUAAUAAAGUACACAGAGAAGGAUCUUAUUGUACAGAAGGAGAGAACAAAGCUCAGCGGCUCGUUUACAGACAAAAAAGGCCGGUCCAAGCCAAUUAAAGGCCGCAAAGUGAGCGAGUUGGCGCAGCUAUACGAGCAGCGGCUUUUUGGCGAGUCAAACGCGUGA